CAUACAGCCGCGCGUCAAUGUAAUACAAUAAUAUAGGCUGCUACGGGCGCUCUGCAGAUUAUACUGCUACGCCGCGAGCCAUGACCGUUUUUUACUGAAUCGAGCAGGUCUCCAGCGAUCCAACAUGUUCAUACUUAUUUUUUGGUCCUAACGUAAUUAUAAAGCGUGGAUCGAGCUUUGUUGAUGUAUUGAAACUUCAAGGCAUCUAAAUGCUAAUUUCAAUAUGCUGUAGGACGAUGCAUUUGUUUUCAUUCAGUUCAAUUUUGUAACGUGAAUGAAUAGGGGUGAAUACAGGCCUAGUUAAUUAAUUUUUAAUCAAUUCUAUUUUAUAAAAAUCAUGUUGAGCUACAUUUGGUCUCUUGUCAACUGGUACCUCAGACCAUUUAUAAAAUGGCUACUUCGCCACACAACUCACAUGUGCGAACUUCAAAGAAUAUGUUAUGGAGAACCAUCGGGGGCACCACGUACUUAUUCCGUUGAAGUAUCUCUACGAUUAUCCAGAAAUCCUGAAAUCAGAUCAUUGCUAGCUUAUUUGGAUGAUAUCGCUGAUCAGCAAGCAAUUACUAUGAGAUCUGAGCGAGCCAUUUUGGAAGAAAGCAUCAAGACAGUGCUUAUUACAAAACAUAUUAAUCCAACAGCACACCCUGAUUUUGCAAAGUCUUUUGGUAAAUGUGUUGAGUUGAUAUGGGGUUAUAGGCAACUUUGUGUUCAUUGCGAAGAAUUGAGACAAACUCCAUAUGAUUCUGAUAAUGCAAAGCAUGAAGGUUUGCUUUUAAAAUUGUGGGAUCUUCUCAUGCCUGGUGAAGAACUUGAUGGUAGAAUAACCAAACAAUGGCAAGAUAUUGGAUUCCAAGGAGAUGAUCCAAAGACUGACUUUCGAGGUAUGGGAAUAUUAGGUUUGGAAAAUCUGGUUUAUUUUGCCCAAGAGUAUCCUAGUGCCGCUACUCAUGUAUUAUCUCAUUCUAUGCAUCCUAAAUAUGGAUAUGCAUUUGCCAUUGUUGGCAUUAAUUUAACUAGUAUGGCUUUAAGAUUAUUAAAAGAUGGAUCUGCUAAAACUCAUAUCUAUAAUGCAUCCAAAACUCUACCAACGAUUCGUGCCUUUCAUCAAUUUUAUUGUUACUUGUUUUAUGAAUUUGAUGGCUUUUGGAUAGAAUCUAAGCCUAGUAAUAUGAUGGAAUUCUCUUCCAUUCAAGAGAAGUUUGAACAAAAUAUUAAGGCUGCUCUUGCUGAUUCUUCAACAGUUUUAAGAAUAAAUUUAUCUGUAGAUAAUAUUUAGCACAAAUGUGCAGAUUGUGUAUAAGAUUUCUUAAUUGAUCUGUUAAAUUUAGGUUUUUUCAAUUGACUUUGCAUAAAAUUAGCGUAGUCGUAAAAUUUCUAGACUAGAACUGCACUUAUUUUAUGAAUCUUAUGAAUUUAAGCCUGGAAGAGAUAAAUUUCAUGCAUUAACUUCUGUACAAAUGAAUUUUUGAACAAUUUUUAAAAGUCAAAGCAAUAAUUCUAAUAAUAUGUUAACAAGUGGAGUAUGACUGUAAUGCACAUUAAAAAUGUGUCUUGACUUGUGAUAAUUUGCCAUUGCUGUAAGUAUAUUUUGUAAACUCUGUAUAAACUUAUCAUUACUCAAAGCU